GGGAGAGUGCCUCCGUAUGACAAGCACAAGACAGUAGCAAAUAUUUUAGAUAGACGGAAGUAGCUUGGGUUUGUUUGGGGCGUUUGAUUGGCCGGCCCGGCUGCAGUCUGUUCUCGAUGUUUCUACAGCUAGCUAUCAUAUAUAGGCGGUGACUCCCUCUUUUAUAGAAGCGUUCGUGAACCGGAGAAGCAGCUGCAUCACCGAACAGACUUUGGACAUUGGUUUUGAUAUUGAAUUGACGCAACAUGUCAAAGGGACCAGCAGUUGGCAUUGACUUGGGGACCACCUACUCCUGUGUGGGGGUCUUCCAGCAUGGCAAAGUGGAGAUCAUCGCCAACGACCAGGGAAACAGGACCACGCCCAGCUAUGUGGCCUUCACAGACUCAGAAAGAUUAAUUGGCGAUGCUGCAAAAAAUCAAGUUGCAAUGAACCCAACCAACACAGUCUUUGAUGCCAAGCGGCUGAUUGGACGGCGGUUUGACGACGCUGUGGUGCAGUCGGACAUGAAGCACUGGCCCUUCACCGUCGUCAACGACUCCACACGGCCCAAAGUGCAGGUCGACUACAAGGGCGAGACCAAGGCCUUCUACCCCGAAGAGAUCUCCUCCAUGGUGCUGGUCAAGAUGAAGGAGAUUGCUGAGGCCUAUCUGGGGAAAACUGUUACGAACGCCGUUGUCACUGUGCCCGCCUACUUCAACGACUCACAGCGCCAGGCCACCAAAGACGCCGGCACCAUCUCCGGCCUGAACGUGCUGAGAAUCAUCAAUGAGCCCACGGCCGCUGCCAUCGCAUAUGGCCUGGACAAGAAGGUUGGUGCAGAAAGAAAUGUACUCAUCUUUGAUCUGGGUGGUGGCACUUUCGACGUAUCCAUCUUGACGAUCGAGGACGGCAUCUUUGAGGUGAAGUCGACAGCUGGAGACACUCAUCUGGGUGGUGAGGACUUUGACAACCGCAUGGUCAACCACUUCAUCUCUGAGUUCAAGCGCAAAUACAAGAAGGACAUCAGUGACAAUAAGCGCGCUGUGCGUCGGCUGCGCACCGCCUGCGAGAGGGCCAAGCGCACGCUCUCCUCCAGCACCCAGGCCAGCAUCGAGAUCGACUCGCUGUACGAGGGCGUCGACUUCUACACGUCCAUCACCAGGGCCCGCUUUGAGGAGCUCAACGCAGACCUGUUCCGCGGGACGCUGGACCCUGUGGAGAAGUCGCUCAGGGACGCCAAGAUGGACAAGGCCCAGAUCCACGACAUCGUGCUGGUGGGUGGGUCCACACGCAUCCCAAAGAUCCAGAAGCUGCUGCAGGACUUCUUCAAUGGCAAGGAGCUCAACAAGAGCAUCAAUCCUGACGAGGCCGUGGCUUACGGAGCAGCUGUCCAGGCAGCCAUCUUGUCUGGAGACAAGUCUGAGAACGUGCAGGACCUGUUGUUGCUGGACGUCACGCCACUGUCCCUGGGUAUCGAGACGGCUGGCGGCGUCAUGACGACGCUCAUCAAGAGGAACACCACCAUCCCCACCAAACAGACUCAGACCUUCACCACCUACUCUGACAACCAGCCUGGAGUGCUCAUCCAGGUAUAUGAGGGUGAGCGGGCUAUGACGAAGGACAAUAACCUCCUGGGGAAGUUCGAGCUGACGGGGAUCCCCCCAGCCCCCCGCGGCGUGCCCCAGAUCGAGGUCACUUUUGACAUCGACGCCAACGGCAUCAUGAACGUCUCUGCUGUGGACAAGAGCACUGGCAAAGAGAACAAGAUCACAAUCACCAACGACAAAGGGCGCCUCAGCAAAGAGGACAUUGAGCGCAUGGUGCAGGAAGCUGAGAAGUACAAGUCCGAGGACGAUGUGCAGCGUGAUAAGGUGUCCUCUAAGAACGGCCUGGAGUCCUACGCCUUCAACAUGAAGUCCACGGUGGAGGACGAGAAGCUGAAGGGCAAGAUCAGCGACGAGGACAAGCAGAAGAUCCUCGAGAAGUGCAAUGAGGUCAUCAGCUGGCUCGACAAGAACCAGAGUGCUGAGAAGGAGGAGUUUGAGCACCACCAGAAGGAGCUGGAGAAGGUGUGUAACCCCAUCAUCACCAAGCUGUACCAGGGCGCUGGGGGGGUGCCAGGGGGCAUGCCGGAGGGGAUGCCUGGUGGGUUUGGGGGUGCGGGCGCCGCACCAGGAGGAGGAGGGUCUUCCGGACCAACCAUCGAGGAGGUCGACUAAAGCAUUCCACUGCCCACCCCUCUCCCACACACACGCACACACACACGCACGCACGCACUCGUUUGCCCACAUACACAAACAGCCGGCGCAUGUUGUUUGCGUGAGACCCUUUUCUGAAAUGUGUUCUUUCCUAAGCAUUACCCAUCCCAGUUUGUAAGGCAAAGUGGGCAAAAGCUGCUCCACUCUAAAAGACUUUCAGAGGAAUAUGAGCAUCUGAUGGCUCAUCCCGUUCCUCUUUCAUCCCUUUGUUUUUUUACAGCAUGGGUCGACUUUUUUUUCCUUUUUUUUUGUUCUCACAAAGUGUGCUCUGUUGUGUUAGCACUUUGCAAUGUUUAUGUUGAUCUUAACUAAAUAAAUGAUUUGGCUGUUUAA